AUGGAUAUCCCAGUGGUCACUCAAUAUUCCAUGAGUCUCCAUAGUUGCUCAACAUUGCAUGACCUCAUUCCAAACCAUCCCGCUGUCUACCAAUAUCAUUCAGGCAUCAGUUAUGGUCCACUUGAUGCUCACAUCACUCUCAUAUACACUUGUGUCAUUCAAUCCAACAUUCUACUUGCCAACAUGGAAUCAGGGGAGCUAAAAGAAGGGAUCAGCACAGAUAUAAACACCCAUUGCGAUGACAAGACUAGUGGGGGCGCUACUGCUGUGUGCCUUUCGUCCAUGCUAGGCAUCAAAGCUAACAACUUGGAGAACCAGUGGAACCACUUCAUAGAUCGCCAACAUAUUCCUCUUGAUCUCCACAUUGUCCAGAACAGCUGUCUGAAGGGAGACAGUCUGCUUCAGAGACAUCAAGAAGCUGAGAUGGGAGUGGGCAGUGCUGCAGAUGAUAAGAUGCAGGCAAAAAUUGAAGAAGCAGUCCACCAUCUUCCAAAGGAGCAUCAGUGUGGUGGACAUAGCAUUUCUUGGGAGGAAUUAGUUGCAUUGGGUGGCUCAAAUGGUUUGAAUGACCUGCUGCCCUCAGCAACUGAUGGACAAGCUAAAGAAGAAGUUGAGGAGGAGCUGUAUGCAACUGAGAUACAACCAGUAACAGAGGUAGGCAGCACCGCAGAUGAUGGGAUGCAGGCAAAGAUUGAAGAAGCGGUCCAUUAUUUUCCACAGGAGGAAUUGGGUGGAUUGAGUCAGUCAGAUGGCUCAAAUGGUUUGAAUGACCUGCCAUCCUCAGCGACUGAAGGACUGGCCAUAGAAGAAGCGAGGAGAGGGUGUAUGUACUGA